UUCGAUUAUCAAUGAAGAUAUUAUUAUUUUUUUUGUCAUUUUUUCUUUCAAAUAACUGUUGUUGUUUUUUUUUUACUUGGUGACCGAAAUUGAUUGAAUGGUGGUCUUCGAAUAACUUUCUUUGACAACAACCAAAACAACGACUAAACAGUUUUCUUUUUUUUUCAUUUACGUAUACCGCCGUUAUACAACUACGCCGUUAAAGCAUUCAUAACGUUUGAAUGGUUUUUGAAUGGAAACAACAAUAAAGAGGCCAAUAAAUGGUCAUCAUCGUACCGGUGGCUACGACGACGACGACGACAACGAUAGCAUUGAUUAUCAACAAAAUCAACCACAAGAACAUGAUUCAUUAACAUUCGAUGGUGAUCAUUAUAAUGAAACCGAUAUGGAUUAUGAUGAUAAUCAUGAUGAUUUAAAAGAUAAAAAAAUUAAAAUGGAAUUUGAUGAUAAUGGUGGUGGUAAUAAUCAACAACAAAAACAACGUAAAAAUUCAACGAUAAUAUCAACCACUAAUAAUCGAUUACAAGCAAAUUUAUCAAAAAUAUUAAAUAAUCGUCAACAUAGAAUUCAGGCAUUUCUUCUACUAAUUAUAUUUAUUCUUGGUCUAACAUUAUUAAUAAUCGGUAUCAAAGUUUUAUUGGUUACAUUUGCAUAUGAACAACCGAUUUGUGAUUCAUCUGAUUGUCUUUAUACGGCUGCACGUAUUGCAGCGAAAAUUUCACCACCAUUAACCUCGAACAACAACGACAAAAAACAUAAACCAUGCGAUAAUUUUUAUGAAUUUGCAUGUGGUCAAUGGAUCAAGGAUCAUCCAUUAGAUGAAUAUUCGGGGAAAUAUUCUAUAAAUGAUGAAAUUCAAGAUCGAAUUUAUCGUAAUCUUAAACAUUAUUUAGAUCGUAUCCUAUUGACUAUACCACAUGAUGAUCCAUUUUAUAAGACAAAAUUUUUCUAUGAAUCAUGUAUGAACCUGGAAGAAAUUGAUCGAAAUUCAUUGGAUUAUAUUAAACAUGAAAUUAUUGAUUCAGGUGGUUGGAAUAUUAUUGGUAAUUGGCAUGGACCUAGUUGGCAUUCUGAUCGUACAUUGGAAAAAUUACAAACCUAUUACGAUGUUGAUGCUUUUUUCCGUAUAACAGUUGGUGCUGAUGAUUUGGAUCCACAAUUACCAUUCAUUAUUAAGAUAUAUCCAUCUGGUUUAGGUUUGCCACGGAAUUAUUAUUUUGAUCCUGAAUAUAGACAGAUUGUUGAAGCAUAUAAACAAUAUAUGAGUGAAACGGUAAAAAUAUUCAGUGCAACUAAAUUAGAUUCAAGUCAAUUUGCCGAAAAUACAUUUAAUUAUGAAAAACGUAUUGCCGAAAUAAUGCCCGACCGCUUGGAUUAUAGUCAUCCAGCGGAAAUGUUUCAACGAAGAUUUUCAAUUCGUGAAUUGAAAAUUAUUGCACCAUCAAUCAAAUGGCUGAAUUUAUUGCAAAAAUAUUUUGAAAAAGCAAGAUUGAAUGAAAAUACACGUGUUAUGCUUGCAUUUGAUUCAUAUUUUCGUAAUAUUUCAAAUAUUAUUUCAACAACCGAUAGUAAAGGUUUGAAUGAUUAUCUAAUAUGGAAACUGAUCAGUUCAUAUGCACCAUAUUUAUCAAAAGAAUUUCGUAUUAUUCAUUAUAAUUUUCAACAAGCAUAUCUAAAUUUACCAUCAAUAAAUUAUAUUGAUGAUAAAGAUCGAUGGCGAUUUUGUUUGGAAACAACCAAUAAAUAUCUUGGACAUUCAUUAUCAGCACUUUAUGUUGAAAAUCAAUUGAAAACGAUUAUGAAUCAUACGCAAGAAGUAAGAUCGAAUAUUGUAAAUCAAUUGCAACGUACUUUAUUGGAUAAUUAUCGUUCAUUCAUCUGGUAUGAUCCAACAAAUGAAGAUGAUGGUAUGGAAGGAUCUAGGAAAUUUAUCAAUAUGAAAUUAAAACAAAUGGAAAUCCUAAUUGGUUAUCCACAAUUUUUACUGAAACCAAAUCUUGGUGGUUAUUAUUCGGAAUUUUUUACAAGUAUCAAAUUUCUACAUAAUAUUAUUGAAGGUAUAAAUUUUCGUCAUAAAAAAAUGGAAAUGUUAUUAAGUCAAAAAAAUUUCGAUCAUUCAUGGCCAUUGGUUGCAUAUGAUUUGCACUUACAUUAUGAUUAUGCAUCGAAUAAAUUAUUUGUACCGGCUGCUAUUUUACAAUUACCUUAUUAUGAUCAACAUUCACCAAUAGCCAUUCAAUUUGGUUCAUUAGGAUUUCAUCUAGCCAGUCAUAUGUUAAAAGCAUUCGAUUUGAUUGGUCUUUAUUAUAAUCUUCCUGAUGGUCGUCUGUCAAAUAAUCGAAAAUUUAUCGAAGAUGUUGAUCUUAAUCGUGGUUUACGUUGUCUUUCUCGACAGAUAAAUUCCAUAUCAAAUCAUCAGUUCAAUACAUCUGUUUCACAAACAUAUAUUGAUUUGGGUGCGCUGAAAAUGGCUUGGUUAGCAUAUCAACAACAGGAAUCUGAACGAAUAGAAAAAUCACCAUUAUUACCAUCAUUGCCAUACAAUAAUGAUCAAUUAUUUUUCAUUUCAUUUGCACAGACAUUAUGUGCAAACAUAAAGCCAAAAACAAUGCAAACACUUUAUGAUGAUGAUAAUCAUCAUUGUGGAUCAACAUCAAUUACCGAACCAUUACCCGAAUCUAUACGGGUUAAUGUUUUAUUUAGUCAAUUUUCUAAAUUCCAUAAUGUGUUCGAAUGUUCGAAUGAUCAAUUGAAAUCGAAUAAUGUAAUUGAGGCUGCUGAACAAUGUCAUCUUUGGAAUUGAUUUGAUGAUUUUCAAACAAAAAAACAAAACAACACAAAAAUUCAUUCAUUGUAA